AGUUAUAAGAAAAUCAGCAUUAAAAUGCCUAAAGCAUUCCUUAUCAAGAAAUAUCACAAAAGGCAUGCUCUUUACAAGAAUAACAGUUUGCAGAGUUCAUCUAAUGAAUGUGACAGGAAAGAUACAUUGGCAACAGAUUCAAGUGGAGUAGAACAUCCUUCUGAUUUUCCCCAACAUACGAGACCCAACAAGAACUGUGGAGCAGUUGAAACAAGACGUCGAUUGUUUGAUUUAUCAGGUUGUACUCAAGAUAAGACUUCGCCAUUACGCGCCUAUAGUUAUGACGUCACACCCGGUUAUCACAGCGAUCUUGUUUCGAAACCACCGGAAGAUUAUAAAACGUCACAGAGUGAGAACGUUACUAGUAUUUCACCAAUAAGGGCAGUAACAGUUACUGUAGUUGGCGGUUUGGGAUCAUUAAGCACGAAAGACCGUGAUGACGUCGAUACAUUCGACACAGUGUCACGCCAAAGCAGCCGAAUAUCGUCUGCUAUCAACAAUACCAGCUUUGUGACACCAAACAACAAUUUUUCAUCGCCUAGGUUUACUGAUACCCGUUUGAUAUCACCGUUUGCCAGUGACGUCAGUCAAAUAUCGCCGAUAGUCAGUGACGGUUUUUUGAUGUCGCCGUGCGUCAGUGACAUGAGUAUGACGUCACCAAGUGCGAGCGACACGUCACCAAGUGGGAGUGACAGCAGCGCGUCCUCGUGCGGAGGGAAGCCACCGAUCACGCAGUUUAACUUCCCAGUGACACCCUGGACAGUGUUGUCUCCGAGAAACGUGCUUCCGGUACACAGGCAUCACGUUCCCAUUGGACACUACUCGCCAAAUUUGAUACCAGUUCCCGUUUCCGGUUACUCGCCACGUGUCUUACUUCCACACGUCAGACUUCCGAUUCCGAUUGUCUCACCAACACAGGACCCUGGUAUAGAGUUUAUUAACAAUGGUUAUGGGAUAAAGAACCCAAUCUUAAAGAAGACGAGCACCAACAGUAACACCACGUUUGAGAAAGCUGACACGUGCAGUGACGAUCGGUUCCCGUGUAAGAUCUGCGGCAAGGAGUUCACCCUGCAGCGGCUGUUGAACCGCCACAUGAAGUGCCACAGCGAGGUGAAGCGCUUCCUCUGUAUGGUGUGUCUCAAGGGCUUCAACGACGCCUUCGACCUCAAGCGGCACACGCGCACUCACACAGGCGUUCGCCCAUACCAGUGUUCCCAGUGCAAGAAGGCGUUUACACAGCGCUGCUCGCUCGAGUCUCACUGCCAGAAGGUUCACGAGAUGAAGCUGAGUUUCGGCUACAAGGAGCGGCGCAGCAAGCUGUACGUGUGUGAGGAGGACGGCCACGCCACGGCGGACCCGGCCGAGCACUACCUACACCUGAAGAACCUGCACCCGACCAGCCCCGUCCUCCUCAAGUUCUACGACAAGAGACAGUUCAAGUUCAAGGAAAAGGAUAUCUCGACUCUGGUGUUCGGGUCGAAAGGGAACCUUCCAGUGUCUUCUAAUAACUGACUUGUGAGAUUAUAUUUCACAGUUUAAGUUCAACGAGGACGAUAUCUUCCAGUGUAAUCUAAUAACUAACAUCUGAGAUUCUGUUUCACAGCUUAAAUUAAAAGAGAAUAAUGUCUUGACUUUGGUGUUUGGUUCGGGUCGAAAGGAAACCGUUCAGUAUCUUCUAAUAACUGACAUCUGAGAUUUUAUUUAACAGUUUUAAGUUCAAGGAGAACGAUAUCUGAACGGUGGUGUUUGGGGCGAAAGAGAAUCUUCCAGUUUCUUUUAAUAACUGACAUGUGACAUUCUGUUUCACAAGAGACAGUUUAAGUUCAAGGAAAAAGAUGUCUCGACUCUGGUGUUUCGGUCGAAAGAGAUUCUUCCAGUUUCUUCUAAUAACUGACAUCUGAGAUUCUAUUUCACAGAUUCAAUUCAAGGAGUAGGAUAUCUCCACUCUGGUGUUUGGGUCAAAAGAGAACCUUUCACUAUCUUCUAAUAACCGACAUCUGAAAUUCCAUUCCACAAGAAAUAAUUCAAAUUCAAGGGGUAAAAAAGACACCUCUGUUUUGGAGCGAAAGGCACAAUCAUUCUGUACCCACUAAAAACUGAUGAGUUCUAUUAAAAAAAAAUAAUAAUAAUAAUUCAAGGAAAAAUACCUGUCAGAUCUAGUAUCUGGGUCGAAAGGGAACCUUUUCGAAUCUUCCAAUAACUAAUAUCCUAGGAACGUUUCAUUUCCGCUGAUGCCUGUCACAGUGACGCACUACUCCAGUGAUCUCCAAAGGGCAAUUAACAGUUAAACAAAUAUUAAAGUCACACUAGGUGACCUAUAUAAUAUAAGGAACAGCUUCUAGUUCAGCUGACUCAUCAAUUUCAAACGUGAAGUUACGAAACGCUCUUUGGUAUAGUUUGUGUUUAACGAUAAUUUAGUAUGCUAAAUGGCGCGCUUAUCUCUCUGUCUCUGUAUGUCUAUCAGUAUGUAUGUAUAUCUGACCUUCUCUGUAUGUCUCUUUUUUGCCAUUCUCUGACUUGCACCUCGUUUCUCAGUGACAUCUUAGUUAACUUCCAACGAAGCCCUACGCGAAGAAAAGAACAGUACGAUAGUAUUUCAAACAGAACACUUGUGUGGGUUUUUUUUUAAAUUGAGAGUAUGUAACGGCUAACUAUACUGAACACCAGAGUUAUGGCUAGUUUUCAUUAAAAUAGGAUUACUUGAUGACAAACGUUCAUUUCUUAGAGAUGAUGAAUUGGAAUAUAAGCCAGAAUAUGUGUUGACCCUUUCUUGAAAUACAAAAUUUAAUGUUGCAGAUGAAAAAGUGUAUUCGCGUUCCGUUUGGUGGUCAGUAUCUGUGCUUCUUUGGGUUUCACAAUAUGAUUGUGUUUUCCAUAUGGGACAAGCUUCGAUUCACAUAGAGCUUUUUCUUGUUUGUUUUAACAUUGUUUGUAUUAUACUGUUAUUGCUCAAACGUGUUAGGUCUCCCGACAGAUUUGUUAAUUUUUCAUGUUGAUUUAUAUGUUGUUUUACAAUA